AGCUCACCCAUCUACCACUCCAAGCUAAGCUCAGUUUGAAGUAAGAAAGAAAAGCAAGCCAUGGCUUCUUCAGCCGUCCUGCUACUUAUUCUGAUGGUUGUGGCCGCGACGGUGCAUGGCCACACCCAUACCCCUGGAGGCACUCCGGCGGCACUGUUCUGGGAGGCGGCCCUCCCGGACUCGCCGAUGCCCGAGUCCAUCGCCCACCUCGUGCAGAAGGGCACCGAUCACUCGCCGCUCCAGCAGCACCAUUCUGCCGCCAUGAUCCUGCCCAACGCGUGCCUCGGCUACUCCUACAGGAUCAUAUGCAAUAGUCCUGCCCAACAGGCGUCGUCUGUGGAAGGCCUCUUCUUCCGCGAGUCCGACAUGCGUGUGGGGCGCACCAUGACGGUUGCCCUGCCGGCGUUCGACCCGGCGCCGUUCCUCCCGCGCAAAGCUGCCGAGAGGAUUCUCUUCGGCAACCUCGCGGAUGCCCUCGAUAGGUUCGGCAUCACGCCGGGCUCCCAAGAGGCGGCCCGGGUAGGGGAGACACUGAGCGCCUGCCGCGAGGCGCCUCUCGCCGGCUAA